AUGGGAAUGAAGAAACUGGGACUGAACUCGUUUAAUAAUAUUUCGCAAGAACAGAAACAGUUCCAGGAUUUGGGACAGUCGUUUCUACAAUCACAGGCUAAUCAGUUGGAGACGCAAAUCCAGGUCUUUCAAAAUGCACUCAUUUCCUUUGCUAAACAGCAUCGUGAGGAAAUCAGCAGCAAUGCAAAGUUUCGCAUAGAAUUCAGCAACGUUUGUCGCUCUUUUAACGUGGACUCUUUGAGGGUUCUCAAGGGAGACGAGGAAAGCCGAAAGGGCGCUUCCAAGAACGACACAUUCUAUUAUGGACUGGGAGUGCGAAUUUUCCAGAUAUGCCAGGAGACAAAAGAUAUCAAUGGCGGGUUGCUUUCUGUUUCGGAGCUUACGAAAGUGCUUAAUGCGGAUGCUGAUCCUGUUUUCGGUAAGUUUUCGAGAGAAGAUGCGAUGAAAAGUGUGGAGUAUCUAAAACAGCUUGGUGAUGAAAUACAGAUUGUCACUAUAGGCAAGAAGGAGUAUCUGAAGACAAUCCCACAGAGUUUGAAUACGGACGAGGUCAAAGUUAUUGAAGUGUGUGGAUUAAUGGGAUUUGUGUCUAUUGGAUUGUUGAGAGACAAUUUCGGAUGGAAGAGCUACAGGGCCAAAAGUGUAGUGGAUGAUAUGGUUUCCAAUGGAAUUUUGUGGAUAGACGAUCAGGACGAGCAUGAGCGUUUGUUCUGGGAUCCUGCAUGGAUAAACCGUUGA